AUGGACGCAACGGAACUCGGUCGCUGGACUCGGUUUGCCGCUAAAGGAGGCAUAGGAAAAUGUACCGCUGUACAAGACUGCGUGGCGGAGGAACCGGACGAUCUCAUGUUUUUGAAGGAUGACGAAAUUAUUGUCCUCAUGCACUUGUUAGAUCAAGAAGACGUUUUUCUGGGCUACUGCGAGGGUGUGGUCGGUCGUUUCAGUGGUGCCAAUGUCCGCUUCCAUGGCCGUCUGAAGAAGCCAGUCAUGACGAAACGUUCGUCUACCUAUCGCUCCGCCUCA